UGAGCGCCAGAGACAGCCCGAUGUAGAAGUCCUGCCGGUUCCCCUCCAUCUCAACCCCCGGGGGAGAACUCGCGCUGCACAAAACAACACGCGAGCUACAACCGAGGAAAGUGACUCCGAGAACUUUCACUCAUGAGUCGAGCAGCAGCCAACUCGUCACAUGACAGAUCAGCUGCUCACACCCUGAAAAACAAACCGCUCCGGACUAAAGGCCGCAAGACGAGCGGAGCAGCGACUCCUCUGACUCCGCUCCGGGGAUGUUUAGGGUUAUUUAAAAAGUUUAAAGUUAACGCAAAAGAUUGUAAACAAGUUUUUAUCUGCGUUGUCAAGUCGUUGGCUGAGGAGCAGGAAGUGGAGCCGCUGAUUGGCUGAGCCGUCACCUCAGGGGGGAGGAGGGAGGAGGCUUCUCUUCAGUAAAUAUGACAAUGAAGAUAAAGAGUAGUUCGAGAUGAAAGUUAGGAAUCAGAUCAGGUUAGUUUCAAGGUCGGAUAACUACUCCUGAGCUCAUACGGAUCAUAGAUCAAUCAAUCUAUCUAAUAAUAAAAGUUAAAGUGUAUUUCUAUAGCACGUUUUAAGUGUUUUACAAAGUGAAAGUAAAUAUAAUAAGACGAUACAAAUGUAAGAUGGUUGGUAUUGGCUUCUCGGGUGUGAAUAUAACCGCUCAUCUGAAUAAUAAUUGCAUAAUUUAGUUAGUAAAGGAUAAUGGAUUUAUUAGUGAUAUCACCACUCAACCUCUUAUUGUAAACCUUUUCCAUCAUUUGAGAGAUUUCUCAGAUUAGUAAUAUUAAAGAAUUCACUUUAUCACAGAACUGCACAGACAUGGAUGUUAAUACUAAUCGGAAACAUGGUCUUUGUCGUCCCUCUUGUCCAAUAAAGUAUAAAUAUAGUAUAAACUACUGCUUGUUCAAUUUUUUAAGAACUUGAUGUCGAUAAAGUUUCUUCAAAUGCUAAAAAAAAAGAGGGUGAACCCUCGCACUCUGAUUGACUGUGCUGGACUUCCUCCGCACACUCUGCAGCGGUUUUGAUUGGACGAGCGAUUGUUGUUGCUCGGAGAACCCGGAAGAAGCGCUAACCUUGACAAGCUGACACAAACACAUGUGCGACAGGCUCAGAAAACAAGAAGAAGUUUCGUUUUAAUCGAACACAACGAGAGGAGAAGAGCGGACAUUUUCCAGUAGCUGUGACGCUCCCUUCGCUUGUCUUGUUCUCCUGCGACAGCCACACAUUUAAGCUAGCAGAAUGAAUGGCUAGCACUUAGCACAUCCACCAGGUUCCUUUGGGUUUGUUGCCUCCCAUGUGAGCGCCUCCUGUUUCCCAACGAUGCGGUUCCCUGUUGUCAUCGUUAGCAGAAGCUGUAAAGUUGUUCACAGGCUGAAGCGAAGUCCGCUUCUAUCGCCUGCUUCCGCCCUGUGGAGACACGAGAGCGUCUCUGUGUCGACUGAUGUCAGGAGUCACUACAUCACCACUCCCAUCUUCUACGUGAACGCUGCUCCUCACCUGGGACACCUGUACUCAGCGGUGAUGGCGGACUGCCUGCACCGGUACAAGCUGCUGCAGGGCUUCAGCUCAAAGUUUGCAACAGGUACAGAUGAACAUGGUUUGAAAAUCCAACAAGCCGCUGAAGCUGCAGGGAAAGAUCCGCUGACCUUCUGCAGCGACGUGUCGGAGAGAUUCAAACAUCUGUUCAGCAGCUGCAACAUCUCGUACACAGACUACAUAAGAACCACCGAGCCGAGACACCGUCAGGCCGUAGAGCAUUUCUGGUCGGUGCUCUGGGACAAAGGGCUCAUCUAUAAAGGACAUUACGAAGGCUGGUACUCCACACAGGAUGAAAGCUUCCUCACGCCGUCACAGCUGGCUGAUGCCGUGGACUCAUCAGGAAACCAGAUUAAAGUGUCACUGGAGAGUGGACACAAGGUGGAGUGGAUGAAAGAAGACAACUACAUGUUCCGUCUGUCUGCGUUUCGGUCUCAGCUGCUCGACUGGCUCCGAGGAAACCCCCGAGCUGUGCAGCCUGAGUGUUUCCAGCAGCUCGUCCUCCAGUGGCUGCAGCACGACCUCCCUGACCUCUCGGUGUCCCGUCAGCGCAGCCGCCUGCAGUGGGGCAUCUCAGUCCCCGGCGACCCCGAGCAAACCAUCUACGUGUGGCUGGACGCUCUGGUGAACUACCUCACAGUAGCUGGCUAUCCACAUGAACACCAUCAGUGGUGGAGCGUGGUCCACCACAUCGUAGGAAAGGAUAUCUUGAAAUUCCACGCCAUCUACUGGCCGGCUUUCCUCCUCGGGGCUGGCCUGCCGCUGCCACAGACCAUUCACGUGCACUCCCACUGGACAGCGGAAGGAAAGAAGAUGUCUAAAAGUUUGGGUAACGUGGUGGAUCCUCUUCAACGCUCACAGAUGUUCACGGCUGAGGGUAUGAGGUACUUUCUCCUGCGUCAGGGUGUCCCAGACUCCGACUGCGAUUACACCGAUCUCAAAGUGUUCAAGCUGCUCAACGCAGAGCUCGCCGACUCUCUGGGUGGUCUGCUCAACCGCUGCACAGCUCCGGUCCUUAACCCAGCUCAGGUCUUCCCCUCGUUCUGUUCUCAGUCCUUCCCAAGAGAGCAGGGAGGCAGGGCGGUGGCUGAAGACUACCACAUGUUGGACACGGUGACAAACCUCCCCUCUGUGGUGGAGCGGCACUACGAGAGCAUGCACGCGUACAAAGCCCUGGAGGCCAUCGCCGCUUGUGUGCGGCAGACCAACGGGUUCGUCCAGCGCCACGCACCGUGGAAGCUGGACAAGAGGGACAGUGCAGAGCAGCGCUGGCGAGACACCAUCAUCCACGUCUCCCUCGAAUGCCUGAGGGUGUAUGGCACCCUCCUGCAGCCGGUGGUGCCAGAGCUUUCUAACAGACUCCUGUCCAGGCUCGGGGUGCAGCCAGGCGAGAGGAGCUGGGCCGCUCUGAGCUUCUUGCCAAGGUAUCAGGGAACAGACUGUCCCUUUGAGGGCCGAGCGCUGGGACCGGACUCGGGAGUGUUGUUUAGUCGCCUGGAAAGUCCGGACGUAGAUAAACAUGAACCCAAGAAAGCGAAAAAGGCAGUAAAAUUGAAAUGAGCAGUGGUUUUAUUUUCCCUGUGGACUGGAUCAGUGAGCAAGAAAUAAAAUAAAAUCCUGUGUGUCACUUUAACCUUACGUGUUUUCAUCUGUCAGGUGUUGAUUGUGCUUUAUAAACAUCAGAACAGAUUCACACUACUUGAUGGAAGGAAGGGACAAGGGCCAAGUAUCCAUACAAUUUUGGCAUGAAACCAAAUAAAGGGUGGAUUCAGAUAUUUAAUUUGAUCACUCUUUAACAUAGUUAGGUGGUUUAUUUUAUAUGUUUGACGUUUUCACUGAUUUACCAGGUAAUCAUUCAUGAAUCUUUAAAUAAAAGAUCAGGCACGUUUAGAGAACUGAUAUCUAUGAGGCUUCAUUGAAUUUAACUGUUGGGUUCUAUUGAGACAAGCGAGUGUGAAAGUUGUCGACCACUACAGUGAUUCAUCUGAGGUUAAAGAAAAUAGGGCAAUAUAUAGAGUCUCUGUAUCAUGUUGGAUUAAUAUCAUUUCAGAACUGGCAAGUAAAAUGUUCAUGCAUGGUGAUUUUGCCUUUAAAUAUCUUAAUUUAAAUUAAAGAUGUCCAGUUUACUCAAAACACAACUGUAAUUCAGCAUUAGGAUUCAUUAGGAUCAACAGCAGCCUUUAAAAAUGGAAUAAACACCUUUGACCCCCACCAGAGUCACCAUGAAGAGUUUCAUUGAACAGGUUCACACUCUACAGGCAGUAAACACAAAGUACAAGACAUAAAAAAACUGACAUGAGUUUUUAAUGAGAAAUACACGAAACUGAAAAAAUUGUACAAAUUGAAAUAAAAUAAAAAACUUGUAUUA